AUGAUGGCCAUGGCCGGCGAGAGCGGCAUCAGAAGGGCGUGGGUGGUGGACGUGGAGAAGACGCUGGACGAAGCCGACGCGUCGGUGGAGGUGUCGCGGUGGCAGCGCCACUCCAUCUACCGCGUGCCGGCGUGCAUGAAGGACCUGAACCGCAAGGCGUACAAGCCGCAGGUGGUGUCGCUGGGCCCCUUCCACCACGGCCGCGACGGGGAGCUCCUGCCCAUGGAAGAGCACAAGCGGCGCGCGCUGCGGCACCUGCUCCGGCGCGCCAAGCGGCCGCUGGAGGAGUUCGCGGCCGCCGUGGAGGACGUCGCGGAGCAGCUGGAGAGCGCGUACCUGGACCUCGGCGACGAGUGGCGCGGCGCCGACGGGAGGGAGCGGUUCCUGGAGAUGAUGAUCGUCGACGGCUGCUUCCUGCUGGAGGUGAUGAAGGCCACCGAGGAGGACGGGAGGAAUAACGUCAGCGACUACGCGCCCAACGACCCCAUCUUCAGCCACCAUGGGGUGCUCUACAUGGUGCCAUACAUCCGCCGCGACAUGCUCAUGCUCGAGAACCAGCUGCCGUUGCUCCUGCUUGAGAAGCUCGUCGCCGUCGAGACUGGCAAGCCUCCGAGCGCCGACGUGAUCAACAGGAUGGUGCUGAGGUUCAUGUCCGGGUCCCCGUCAUCCCGGCUGCCGCCGGGCAGCACUCUGGGGCUCCACCCGCUCGACGUGCGCCGCCGGAGCAUGCUCUACGGCCCGAAGCAGCCGCCACAGGUACUGUCACGGGACAUCGCGCCGGAUACGACGGACAUCAUCCGGUCGGCGGUGGAGCUGUACGAGGCCGGGAUCCGGUUCAGGAAGACCAACUCGGACAGCCUCCACAACAUCCGGUUCCGCGGCGGCGUGCUGAGCAUGCCGGCGGUGUCGGUGGACGACUCCACCGAGUACAUGUUCCUCAACCUGAUGGCAUUCGAGCGGCUGCACGUCGGCGCUGGCAACGACGUGACCGCGUACGUCUUCUUCAUGGACAACAUCAUCGACUCCGCCAAGGACGUGGCGCUGCUCAGCACCAGCGGCAUCAUCCAGAACGCCAUCGGCAGCGACAAGGCGGUGGCGCAGCUGUUCAACAGCAUCUCCAAGGACGUCGUGCUCGAGCCGCAGAGCUCGCUGGAUGCUGUGCAGCGGGAGGUGAACGCCUACUGCGGGAAGCCGUGGAACUUGUGGCGCGCCAACCUGGUCCACACCUACUUCCGGAGCCCUUGGGCGUUCAUGUCCCUCGCUGCCGCCGUCUUCCUCCUCGUCAUGACUGUCAUGCAGACUGUCUACACCGUGCUGCCAUUCUACCAGCAGGACCAAACCAGCGGCGGCUCACCGGCGGCGCCAGCUCCAUUGUGA